AUUUUAAAAGGUUUAUUUGGGACAACAUGGCUGCAGCGACGGGUCGUUAUUACAGCGAGGGAGGCAGAGCAACCAAAAGACAAAAAACAGACAGCGACGGAAUGGCCACGGAGGGUUAUGAUGACCCCCACAAGACGCUGCCUUCGUUGGUAGUGCAUGUAAGGGGUCUGAUUGACGGCAUUACCGAGUCCGACAUUGUGGAGGCGUUGCGGGAGUUUGGUACAAUCAGCUACGUGGUUCUGAUGCCAAACAAGCGACAGGCUCUGGUAGAGUAUGAAGACAUGAGUGGCUCGUGUAAUGCAGUGACGUACGCUAAUGAUAACCAGGUGUACAUCGCUGGCCGCCCCUGCUACAUUAACUACUCCACCAGCCAGAAGAUCUCUCGGCCUGGGGACUCAGGAGAUGCCCCCAGCGUGAACAACAUCCUGCUUUUCACAAUCAUGAACCCCAUCUACCCCAUUACUACAGAUGUGCUGUACACCAUCUGUAAUAACUGUGGCCCUGUACAGAGGAUUGUGAUCUUCAGGAAGAAUGGUGUGCAGGCAAUGGUUGAAUUUGAUUCAGUCCAGAGUGCUCAGAGAGCAAAAGCUUCCUUAAAUGGCGCCGACAUCUACUCUGGCUGCUGCACCCUCAAAAUCGAAUAUGCAAAGCCAACUCGUCUCAAUGUGUUUAAGAAUGACCAGGACACUUGGGAUUACACCAACCCUAGUCUGAGCGGCCAAGAUGCUGAUUCAGACGGCAAUUGGAACAGUUCCCAAGAUCCAAAUGCUAACCCUAACAAGCGUCAAAGACAGCCAGCCUUGCUGGGAGACCACCCUCCGGAAUAUGGGGGUCCACAGGGUGGCUACGGUCACUAUGAUGACUCCUAUGGCCCCCCGCCCCCACACUAUGAGGGCAGGCGUAUGGGUCCCCCUAUUGGCCGUGGACGAGGAGGUCCCCGCUAUGGUGGCCCACAGUAUGGACCCCCACCUGAGUAUGCCUCUCAGGCAGACUCGCCAGUCGUUAUGGUCUAUGGCCUUGACCCCUACAAGAUCAAUGCUGACCGGAUUUUCAACAUCUUCUGUCUGUAUGGCAAUGUGGAAAGGGUGAAGUUCAUGAAGAGUAAGCCAGGUGCUGCCAUGGUGGAGAUGGGGGAUUGCUACGCUGUGGAGCGAGCCAUCUCGCACCUGAACCACACCAUGCUCUUUGGACAGAAGCUCAACAUUUGCGUGUCGAAGCAGCAGGCGAUAAUCCCAGGCCAGUCAUACCAGCUGGAGGAUGGCACCAGCAGUUUUAAAGAUUUCCAUGGCAGCAGGAACAACCGCUUCACAUCCCCAGAGCAGGCAGCCAAGAACCGCAUCCAGCGUCCCAGCAGCGUCCUGCACUUCUUCAACGGACAGCCCGACAGCUCCCCUGAAAUCUUUAACCAGAUCUGUGAUGAGCUGGGGAUAAAGCCCCCAGCCAAUGUCAAACUCUUCACAGGAAAGAGCGGGGAUGUAGGUGAGAGGAGUGCUUCUGGGCUAUUGGAAUGGGAGACGGUGAAUGACGCCAUGGAAGCGCUCUCCCUGAUGAACCACUACCAGAUGAAAAAUCCAAGUGGGCCAUAUCCCUACACUCUUAAACUGUGCUUUUCCACGGCACAGAACGCUAACUGAACCCUUUAUCUUCCAACUGACCACCAAUGAGCUUUGAUGCACCCUAACAGAUUAGCUGUGUCUCAUCCUGAGCGAGUGACGUGGACUCCCUUGAGCAAAUCUGAAUUUGAAUUUUUGUACAAGCAUAGUGUUAACUUUUUUCCAUUACAUUUUUUUUAUUAUUCUUUAUUUACAAUGAAAUUUUGGUUUUGCCCUGUAUCACGGCAAACUUGUAUGAAGAGUGAUCAAAUGUUUUUGUUCUUUAAAUAAACACCCUGUGUGAUCUGA